GGCGCGCGCCGCUCUUCCCCGCCCCCUCCCCGGCAGAGAUGGCAGCGCCCGCGCCCGCGUCCCCGCCGCGGCCCGUCACCCACCUCAUCUUUGACAUGGACGGCCUGCUUCUGGAUACCGAGCGGCUGUACUCCGUGGUGUUCCAGGAGAUCUGUGGCCGCUACGAGAAGGACUACAGCUGGGACGUCAAGUCGCUGGUCAUGGGCAAGACGGCCCUGGAAGCGGCUCAGAUCAUCAUCGACGUCCUGCAGCUGCCCAUGUCCAAAGAGGAGCUGGUGGACGAGAGCCAGGCCAAGCUCCAGGGGCUGUUCCCCACCGCCCAGCUCAUGCCAGGGGCCGAGAAGCUGAUCCACCACCUGCGGAAGCACAGCAUUCCCUUCGCCCUGGCCACCAGCUCAGGGACCGCGUCCUUCGAGAUGAAGACGGGCAGACACAAGGCCUUCUUCGGCCUGUUUGACCACAUCGUGCUGGGGGACGACCCCGAGGUGAAGGGCGGCAAGCCCCACCCCGACAUCUUCCUCGCCUGCGCCCGGAGGUUCUCCCCCGCGCCGCCCCCGGAGCAGUGCCUGGUCUUCGAAGACGCUCCCAACGGGGUGGAGGCGGCCCUGGCGGCCGGGAUGCARGUGGUGAUGGUCCCCGAUGAGCGCCUGAGCCGCGACCUGACGAGCAAGGCCACCCUGGUGCUGCGUUCCCUGCAGGACCUGCAGCCCCAGCUCUUCGGCUUGCCCGCCUACGACUGAGGGCCACCGCGCUCCACGCCGCUGCAGUGGGCCUCCUGGCCCCGCCCACAAUCGGGGUCCACCUGCGGAGGGGAGGGGCGGAGGGAGGCGGCAGCCCAGGUGCAGCCAUGUCACCUCUGUACCUACCUGGGGAGGGCCCGUUCCCUGAGCUGGCGUGGCCCAGUUUUGCUCCAGGUUGAUGGCCGUCCACUGGACACUUGAGAGAGGACAGAGACCGUGCAGAGCAAGGUCCAGCGUACAGCACAUGCCGAUGGCACACGCCUGUGUGUGUGGUCUGCGUGCGUGCUCCCUGCUCUCCAGGCAGAGACCACACGUGGCCAUUCCCUUAUUCUAGUUCUCUCAACAUGGGCAGCUGCACCGUGUCGGCUCCGUGUGCUGCGUGUAUGCACGCUUGUGUGUGCAGGCGUGUCCACACUCCCUCUGCUGCACACCCUGGGCCCCACCGACUCCCUCUGCUCAGCAGCCUGGGAGGGGGGCGGGGCUUGGAGCCUGAGGAGCAGCCCUCCCCCCUGGGGCCAGGCCUCCCCUCCCUCUGCUCCUCACAGUACCCCCCUGCACAGUCGCACCCCGACUGCCAGGAGCCACCCCAGCAGGGUCCCUGUGGCCUGGGCGUGUCCACGGCGCCCAUCUGCAUGUGGAGGAGAGUUUUCCACCUCGGAGCCCACUCCUGUCCUUCAGGGACGCUGUCCUUCCAGUGCCGUGGUGGAAACGGCGAGGUCAGGGUAGGACCUGGGAGGCCUGAGCGCCGGGGACACUUGGGGGGCCUUCGGCCUCCCCACUCUGGACGGCUGGCUCUGCCCGGCCAGUGGGCUGUCACCUGUCAGGAACGGUUUGGUCUGCACUCCUGUCUGCGGGGUGGCUCUGUCACCCACUGUUGAGCUGACUGUCACCUCCGCGCCUGGUGGAGAGAAGGCGGAGGGGCAGGGGUUUGGGGGAACGGUCCUUCUCCGGCAGCCCGCCUGGCUCCCGGGAGCGCACCUGCUCCCAGAAGCCUCCUGAGCCACGGCAGCAUCUCCCGGUGUCCCCGCAGGCUGACGGGUGUAAUAAAGUCCUG